UCCACGAGUGCCGGCGUCUGGUCAUUUCAGUGGCAACGAGGGUGGGAUGACGGACGAACACCACCAGGAAAACGGAAUGGCCAGCUAUACAGGCCCACCACCGUUCGACGAGGCCACCGAUGAAUGGCCAGCGUACCAAGUUCGUCUAGAGGCAUUCUUCGAGGGCCAUGGCGUUACGGAAGAGAAGAAGAAACGGGCUUUGCUCGUUGCAGCGCUGAGCACCAACACGGUGGGCGUGAUUGCCGGACGCUGCGCGCCAGCCAAGGUGAACGAACUGUCAUACACCGAGGUCGUGGCCCUUCUGCAACAAUAUUUUUCGCCGGAACCUAACGAGAUAGCCCAGUCGUACAAGUUCUUCACGCGCAACCAAUCGCCAGGUGAGCUGGUCAAAGAAUUUCUUCUGGCCAUCCGUCAGAUUGCUAACACAUGCAAUUUCGGAGACAGUCUGGACAGAAUGCUGCGGGAUAUGCGGCUUGCAAAGCUCCAGUGUACGUCGGCAACUGUUAGCGAAAACAGGCCUGACCAGAAGCGAGGCCGAAGAAAUAGCGCUGGCAGCCGAGCUGGCAGUUGA